GUUUUCCGAUAUUCUCUUAACCGGUGGAAUCAAAUUGCCUCCUCCACCGUCCAGCCCCAUUCCGGUCGCUCCUGCUUUCGCAUCUGCUUUUCCCCCUAGCUUAUCACAAGCCAAAUUAAUUGGUCCUCUAUUCGGCGUCGGGCCUAGUGACGGUCUCGAUGGCACCGGUCGUAUCCUCGAUGCUGAACCAAAAUCCAGUCCUCAGCAAUUUAGUCGUCUUUCUCCUGAUGAGAGGAUCUCUUUAUUUGAUAGGAAAAGCCGACCUCUAUCGCUUUCUUCGUCACCUUUUCCAUCUCCAUCACUAGAUACCAAUAAAGCAAUUGCUCCCUCGCCAGUUUCUUUUGUUGCCGCUUCCCCAUCUCCUAUCAAGAAUAAAAAUUCGGAGUUACUUAAGAAACGUCCCACAAGAAAUCGCAAUCGGCGUCUCCCUCGAGCAAAUCAGCGGCUUUUUAAGUCCAAUGUUUUACUUUCCACUACUUCAACUGGGACCAAGAAAUUACUCUCUUGCUGUGGGGAUACGCCCUUAGAUCACACUGCGAAGUCCUCAUCACCUAGCUCGUCUGCACCGUCGAUUUCUCCAUACCCACAUCCAGCAGCAUUGAUGCUCUCCCGAACUGAUGACAUUGAAUCAAGUACCCGAGCGCCUGCUUCACCAAAGGUCGCUUUUGCUCGGUUCGCAGAAUCGGCUAACUUGCCAUCCUUUAGCAGC